AUGGAGACCGGCGCCGGCCCACAUCCGCUGCGUCUGUUCGUCUGCCUGAUGCCGCUCUGUCUCGCGUUGCUUUUGGGACCAGGGAGACCCGGGACUGCUGAGGAAGUCAUCCUCCUGGAUUCCAAGUCUUCCCAGGCUGAACUAGGCUGGACUACACUACCAAGUAAUGGGUGGGAGGAGAUCAGUGGCGUGGAUGAACAUGAUCGUCCCAUCCGCACAUACCAGGUGUGCAACGUGCUGGAGCCCAAUCAGGACAACUGGUUGCAGACUGGCUGGAUCAGCCGUGGCAAUGGGCAGCGCAUCUUUGUGGAGCUGCAGUUCACGUUGCGAGACUGCAGCAGUAUCCCUGGUGCCGCCGGCACCUGCAAGGAGACUUUUAACGUCUACUACGUGGAAACAGAGGCUGACCUGGGUCGUGGGCGUCCCCGACUAGGUGGUAGCCGGCCCCGCAAGAUAGACACCAUAGCAGCUGAUGAGAGCUUCACGCAGGGUGACCUGGGCGAGCGCAAGAUGAAGCUGAACACAGAGGUGCGCGAAAUUGGCCCCCUCAGUCGGCGGGGUUUCCACCUGGCCUUUCAGGAUGUGGGCGCAUGCGUGGCUCUAGUCUCUGUGCGUGUCUACUACAAGCAGUGCCGUGCCACGGUGCAGGGCCUGGCAAUGUUCCCAGCCACCGCAGCGGAAAGUGCCUUCUCCACACUAGUGGAGGUGACCGGAACGUGUGUGGCGCACUCAGAAGGGGAGCCCAGCAGUCCCCCACGCAUGCACUGUGGUGCGGAUGGCGAGUGGCUGGUGCCCGUGGGCCGCUGCAGCUGUAGUGCUGGAUUCCAGGAACAUGGUGACGUCUGUGAAGGUACCCAGUGGGCUGGGGGAUGUGUUGUGGGAGUGUAG